AUGGCCUCCAGAACACCAGGUGCCCCAAACCAACCGGGAAGCGGCACCCUCCAUCUGAUAUUAAUCCAAGUGGCCUCUCGUGCCCUGACAUUCAUCGGCAACCAGUUCCUACUGCGAUUCCUGUCGCCCACGCUGCUGGGAGUCUCAGUACAGUUAGAACUCGUCUCCGUGACCAGUCUAUACUUUGCACGUGACAGUCUACGCGUCGCGCUGCAGCGGCAAGGUCCCUCGCCGACGCCUAAGCCGUCGAUCAACGGCGAUGCCAAUGGCGGCAAACUUGGAGCGCAUACCUACCAGGAGAAGUCGAAAAGUUCACCCCGAUUCCGUUCCGAAGCAGCACUGCAGAGCCAACAGGUUGUGAACCUAUCGUACCUGUCGAUCGCAAUCGGGCUGGCCAUCUCACUAGUCUUUGGGUAUUCAUACAUAUCGUCAGCACCGCACGAGGCACGAACGAGCCCGCAUUUCACGCUGUCGUUCCAAAUCUACGCGCUCGCGACGCUGACGGAAUUACUUGCUGAGCCCGGGUUUCUGUUCAUCCAGCAGAGGGCACUGUACAAGGCGCGGGCGAGAGCUGAGACCAGUGCGGCCAUGGCAAGGUGUCUGGUUGCUUGUGCUGUUGCUGCGCUGGGGCACCACCAGGGCUGGGAGGCGAGUAUUCUGCCGUUCGCGGUUGGUCAGGCGGCGUAUGCGAUGGUGUUGUUGGCGUUGUAUCUGCUCCCAACUGUUCAAGCAUCGCAUAGAGAUGGCUUCAGCAUUGGCCCGGCGAGGCUGGGCAUAUCUGGCUCAGGAUCAAUGGCUUCUGAUCGGUCAAUAGAGAAAGCCGGAAAUUCAAGUUAUCUCGACUUGUUCCCGAAAUCGCACCUCAUCCUUGCAGGGACGAUGUACAUGCAAUCGAUAUUCAAACUGCUCCUAACACAAGGUGACGCCGUGAUACUUUCAGUCCUUUCCAGCCUCGCAGACCAAGGCGCGUUUGCGCUCGCAUCGAAUUACGGUGGUCUUCUGGCGCGCCUGGUCUUUCAGCCCGUUGAGGAAAGCAGUCGCAACACAUUCGGCCGCUUGAUCUCAUCCCGUCCGUCAUCGUCAGACCGUGGUUCUCAAGCAGACAUGAAGCGAGAAUACAACCCGGAACCAAAAUCACACCAUGAGAAACCCGAUCCAGCAGUCAAAUACCUCGCGCAAGUCCUACACACCUACCUGAUCUUCUCCCUCCCCCUCGUGACGCUCGCACCGCAUAUCCUCCCACUGCUGGUGCGGCACAUCCUCAGCGCAUCAUGGUACACGCCCUCCACGGCGCUCUUACUGUCGACGUACUGCUACUACAUCCCAUUCAUGGCGGUGAACGGGAUAUUGGAUGCGUUCGUGACGUCCGUGGCUACUCCGGCGCAGUUGAGAGGCCAGUCGGUGUGGAUGGUCAUCUGUACGGGCGUCUAUGGCGCGGUCAGUUGGGGGUUGCUUACGCGGAGUGACGUCGGGGCGAGUGCGUUGAUCUGGGCGAAUAUGGUCAAUAUGGCCAUGCGGGUUGGCUGGAGUGUAUGGUUUAUUGGGGAUUGGGUUCAUGGGAGGGGUGGGAGGACAGCGCAGACGGGAACUCGUGAGUUUAGGCGGACGAUCGGAGAGGCCGUGCCGUCCCUUGCGUCUAUUGCCACGGCUGGAGCGAUGGUUGUGGGAUUCAGGAUCUCUGGACUGAGCACUGAAGACCUCAAUCGUGAAACAGUGGGGAUUCUCGCGGCAGGAACGACAAUACUGGGCUCGACGAUGUGA